UCUGGGAGGAAGUGCGUUCGUGUUUCAUAUCCGUGGCGUUAAUAAAGUGUGAUUACCACAGCCCAUCCGUAACAUAGCGAACUUCGACUCUGUGAGUAAGUGAUGUAGCCUAAUUAUGAUUGUUGUCCUGUUUACUGUUUUGAUAGCAACCCAACUCGCCAUAUCACUCCGAAUACUACAGAAGCCUGCAAACUGCAUGCAAGAGGGGCUAAACUGUACAGUCCAUAUAAACAACUGCCCCAGCGAGGGCUGGGUAAUAGCUGACAGAAUGGAAGUCCCAACGUCAUUCCCAGAAGAGCCGCUACUCAGCUGGACUAUUCUACCGGAUGAGGAAGGCCGACUUGCUCCUAUUCUGCUUCUCCACUGGAGAGCACCGUCCGAUGCGUCUAUAAAGAAAAUGCAAGGCAGUGAAGUGACCGUGUUGGAGAAGUGUACUAAUCAGAGGAUUUGCAUUCGCUACAUUUUUAACAACACCUUAACCUCAAAUCUCAACCGAAUAUACAAACCUUGGUCAUUCUCAUCAGACAGCGUUGUGGUAGACCCGGGGUGCCAGUACUCAAUCUCUUUCUCCCACUUGCCCAAACUAGAGGGAGAGAGAAAUAGUCCCUGCACCAUCACAAAAGACAUUUCAAUUCCUGACUGCAACAAUUCCUCAAUCAAAGAAAGUGAUGUAUGUGUUAAGCAAGGAAGCCUUUGGCAGCCUAACAUCACAUGGACUGAAUCACAAAGUGAAUUUAACCAAUUGGUCAUUUUGAUAAGCUUUGACAAGUGGAUAUAUUCUGAGAAUUUUAAAGUUGAGAUCAGCGGCAGAGCGUUUUAUGAUUCUCACAACAUUCAAAAGGCCAAUCAGAAGAGACUGAAUACAACCUUCACAUUCAACCUACGGUCGCUGACUCAAUCAAAUGAACCAUGCCUAUUGUCUAUUGUGAUCACACCAUUUUCUGAGCGAUGCAUAAGACACUGUGUGAAUCACUGGGACAACAUAAAUAUCUGUAACUGUAAGUAUAUGAAUGUAUGGAAUCAAUAUAAGGAAAAUAAAAACAUGGACACUUCCUUACCUACUAGAAAGAGACUUGCUUGGAUCAUUCCUAUACAACUUUUGGUGGUACUGUCUGGAGGUUAUCUUGCUGUUUUGCUGCAUAGGUGUUUUCAUGGAGAUGUCUCCCCAACUAUAAGCCCCAAGACCGACCAAUUAGAGAUCAUCCCGAUGAGGACCCAGAGAGUUCUCAUCCUCUACUCCGUUGACCACCCGCUCUACAAGGAGAUCAUCCUGAAGCUGUGCGCCUUCCUAAGGGCCAAGUGCGGCGCCGAGGUAGCCCUGGACCUGCUGGACUCGGCCUGGCUGAGUGCCGUCGGCAAGGUCCAGUGGCUGGAGAUGCACAGGGAGCGGGCCGGCCGCUCGCCCUCCGACAAGAUCCUCAUCCUGUGCUCGCGGGGCGUGGCCGCUAAGUGGAGGGCCAUGUGCGGUAGCGGGCACGCCGCGACGCUGCGCGAAGACCAGGCGUCCGUCAUGGGCGACAUGCUUACGCCCGCCCUGGCCCUCAUCGUGCCCGACUUCGUGCACUCCGCAUCUCUGGAGAGGUACAUGGUGGCGUACUUUGAGGAGGUGAGCGGCGAGGCCGACGUGCCCUCACUCUUCCACAUGACGGUCAAGUACAAGCUGAUGAAGCACUUCGAGGAGCUGGUCUUCAGGAUCCUGGACCAGGAGCAGAACGAGCCCGGCAGGGUCAAGCACAUCUACGGCAUCGCAGAGGACGACUACUUCCUCUGUCCAACCGGAAAGGCCCUGCGAGAUGCCAUUGAGGCUUUUCAGGCAUACCAGCUAGACAACCCUGACUGGUUUAAUCAAGAGCUUGUAGGUCAUACAGGGGAGAAAGGUAUUGGCUCAGAUUGCGAGCCUCCUGUAGAGAGUGUGUGUAAUGAAUGUACCAUCAGGGUCCUUGUGUUUUGA